UUUAGUGUACUUUUUGUUAUGUAACUUCCGCCAUUCAUUCACGAAAAAAAGAUGGCGUCACUGUUUUCGUGUUGUCUGGGCUGUUGUGGAGAUGGAGGUUCGGGACAUGUACCCCUCAAAGAGAUGCCAACAGUUCAGUUGGACACGCAUCAAAUGGGAACGGAUGUGGUCAUCGUCAAGAGCGGCAGAAGAAUAUGUGGAACCGGAGGUUGCCUAGCCAACGCCCCUCUCCAUCAGAACAAGAGCUAUUUCGAGUUUAAGAUCCAGUCUACGGGUGUGUGGGGAGUGGGCGUGGCCACUCAGAAGGUGAACCUGAACCAGGUUCCGAUGGGUCGGGACACUCACAGUCUGGUCCUGAGGCACGACGGCUCCGUAUACCACAACAACGAGGAGAAAAACCGCCUGCCUGCCAACAGCCUUCCCCAGGAGGGAGAUGUUGUGGGUGUUACGUAUGACCAUGUGGAGCUGAACCUGUUCCUCAAUGGGAAGGACAUGCAGUGUCCAGCUACCGGCAUCAGAGGGACGGUGUACCCAGUUGUUUAUGUGGAUGACAGUGCCAUCUUGGACUGCCAGUUCAGUGAUUUCUACCACACGGCUCCACAAGGCUUUGAGAAGAUCCUGUUUGAACAGCAAAUCUUUUGAACCUAUUCUGUCUUACUCUCUCUCUCUCUCACACACACACACACACCCCACACACACACACACACUAGCUGUCCUGAACACCUGCAAAGUCCCACCCUCUGCCUCUUGCUGUAGUUCUAAGGGACUGGUGUGAGUGUUAUCUGCUGUUGUUCUGGCUUGUUGUGAUUGGUUGAGAGGGACUGUUGUCUUGACUUGCUCAUUUGAGUAGAGCUGGGUGACAACUGCGUGUUGGCAACACCCGACCUGUUCUUACACUUGUGCCCAUGUGUUUGUGUGUGUGUGUGUGUGUGUGUGUGUGUGUGUGUGUGUGUGUGUGUGUGUGUGUGUGUGUGUGUGUGUGUGUCUGUGUGUGUGUGUGUGUGUGUCAACGAUGACUGCAGAAUGUCUUGGAUUUUCACUGAUUUUCACGGACAGCUGGACCCACACCUGGGUCAAGUGUCACAGGCAGGUAGCGUUAAUGCUCUGACCUCAUGAAGUGGGACACACACACACACACACACACACACACACACACGGCACCCAACAUAGCCUACGAUGCCGAAGGCAUCAGGUCAGCUCUUUAUAAACAGUCAAUAAUCAAUCACUAUUAAUUAGGCCGGGGUGCAGGUGAGUGGUGUUGAAAUGCCCCUUAGUCUAGAACAGAAUUUAUCUCUCCGGACUAACUCUAAAACAGUCUUUGCCUAAUCUCUACAGACUGACGAUAGGACAGUAUUAAUCUCUACUGAUUUACCGUAGGACAGGCUUAAUCUCUACAGACUGACCGUAGUACAGGCCUAAUCUCUUCAGACUGACUGUAGGACAGGCUUAAUCUCUACAGACUGACCGUAGGACAGGCUUAAUCUCUACAGAUUGACCGUAGGACAGGCUAAUCUCUACAGACUGACCGUAGGACAGGCCUAAUCUCUACAGACUUCAGACUGAUAGUCACUCUAACGCUUAGGACAGGCUUAAUCUCUCCAGACUGAUAGGCUCUCCGACCCCAGAACAGUCCUAAUCUCUCCAGACUGACCCCAGAACAGUCUUAAUCUCUCCAGAUUGAUAGGCUCUCUGACCCCAGAACAGUCUUAAUCUCUCCAGACUUUGCUGCGGUGCAGGCGGAGCUUCAGAACCGUCCCUUAGGAUGGACGCUGCCAGUGUUGCCACGGCUCCUGCUGCUGCUGCUGUCCUGGUGUGUGUGAAUUUAUCCACAUGAAUGGACAUCGCAGAUCGUGCAUGUCCUUUGACUUCAGUCUGUAGACUUUUCACAGUGUGUGUGUGUGUGUGAGCGUGUAAGAUCAAGGUAUCUGUAGUUAUACUCUGUUGUGUGUGUGUGUGUGUGUGUGUGUGUGUGUGUGUGUGUGUGUGUGUGUGUGUGUGUGUGUGUGUGUGUGUGUGUGUGUGUGUGUGUGUGUGUGUGUGUGUGUGUGUGUGUGUGUGUGUGUGUGUGUGUGUGUGUGUGUGUGUGUGUGUGUGCGCGUGCGUGCGUGCGUGCGAAAUGUUGAGAUUGGAAUUUUAUUUGACUAACCACACUGCUACUGUUUGUGUGUGCGUACGCAUGUGUGUUUCCAAGAUGGGAUCAUUGCUGUUGAUAAACUCAAUGCUAUUUAUUUAUAAAAUAUGUACACGUCCUUGCAGUGUUCCCAGGCCCAUAGACAUAUGUAAAGGUAAAUUACGUCUUAUUUAAUCAUAUUUAUGUUGUGAUUUUUCAAUGUGAACGCUGGAAAGAAACCUAUACCGAUAUUUUUAUUAUUAUUAUUAUUAUUAUAUGUUGUUUUUUGUUCCUUAAAAUGCUUAUUCUUAUAUGUGUUGGUAACACUAAAUCCUCCCACAUAAAGACUGUCAUAACCAGUUCAUAGAUCUGUCAUAUAUAUACCUACUGACACAAUGACCUUAUCAUGGCAUAUUUUGCUAUGUGUUAAAAUGAAUUACACGACCAUAUCAUGUGACCAUUAUCGGUGGUUGUCAUGACAGCAGUCGGAAUGUUGCAUGAGCGAGCAAUGGCGUGGUCAUAAUCCAAAGAUUCUGGGGUGCUACGCUCUAAGAUCCUUGGUCAUAACCAAAGAUUCUAGAACAGAGCUGUUCUAGAAUCUUUGGUCAUAGCAUCACACAUGACCGCUGUGUGUCCGGUCCGGUCAUGAAGGUGAUGGGACCAUAAUCUGGCACGUGGACACUGCGUGUUAAUCUGUGGAAGAGCUGAGUUAACGGCACCAAAGCGCUGAGGAGUCUUUGUGGCGUACACAUACUGUAUGUGCCUGGAUAAGUAGGCUACGGCAGCACUUCUUUGCACUGAAGACUUAAGGUCCACAUCAAACCAAAUCAAAAUGUUUAUCGAUAUAAACAAUGAUGACAAGUCAUAUAUAUCAUGGCAUUAUUGAAUGUGUUUUUUUUUUUUUUUUUUGCAAAAUGAUGAUUAUUAAAUGUUGACAUUA